UUUUUACGAUUGCCAUACAAUAGGUAUCUCUAAAAAAUAUACCUCGGUGUGUGUGUAAAAGUGAGAAUACCUACCUGUGCUGACACAUACACAUUAUGAAAACCCCGAAUGAGGAAAUGGCAUCCAUUCCCAUAGCCAUGUCCGAGGUAUCCAUAUCUUCAUCGUCAUCAUCGGCCGAGUCGGAGCUGAGCACCCGGGAGGACAUAGCCGUGCUCACCAACUAUGUCAAGCAACUCAGGGAAUCCCUGUCCAAAAUCAAGCGUAUAUUCAACCCAACCGUGGAAAGGGAUAAGAAGGAGACCCUACGUGUGUCGGCUCACGAAAGGCUGGGCGAAGUGCUGAAAGCCAUGCGACAGAUACUGGAGAAGUACCCGAAGAUCCAGUCGACCGACCUGUUGAUGAGCGCCGGCAAUCUCAUACAUCACGUCAAGAAUUUCAAUUAUGACGAUAAGGGCGCCGACACCACGCCGUUCGUGGAGGCCGUAGACCAGUUGGCCCUGGCGUUCAGCACCAGUAUGCGUAUACUCCUAGGCAAACUGCAAAGUACCAUGCUACAUGGUGUACAGUAG